UUAAGCAAUUAAAAUAAAGAAGUGGUCAAAAAAUCGUAUAUAACCACCCCAAUCAAAACUUCCUCCACCGGCCCCAUUAGCUGUCACACUAAUCUACGACAAAUGGUGGAAAAUAACUAAUAUAAAUUAAUAUAUAAAGACAAUCAUAAAUUUAAUAAUAAUAAUAAUAAUGACAAUAAUAUUACUUCAUUUUUUUAAAAGACAAUAAUAAUACUUAAAAAAUAAACCAUUAUCUCUAGAAAGUUCAACACAGCCCACUUAAUUUCUACGUUCAUAAUAGGGCUACAACAGUUUGUUACUUCACGUAGUCUGUGCUUAAACGAAUAGAAAACACCAGUUUAAAUCAAUUCCUUCGUGUUCCACAAUCAAUGCUGCUUAAAGAAAAUGAAAAAGAACUCAAUUGUCGGGUCAAUGUGAAAGUGUUUUUGUAUUAUAUUAUGAUUGGAGCACUUUCAUCUUUGUUUCUUAAAUAAUAAUAAUAAUAAAAAUAAUCAUAAUAAAAAAAAAAAAAGAUUUAUAAGUGAACCUGCAGAGUUGCGUUCACAAUGCAUGUUAGACUCGAACUGUUCCGUGGAAAUAAAGCAAACUUAACUCCGAGCACUCCACUCAAAUAUUUAGUGCGUAAAUUGUGACUUAGUGCUCAUUUACGCCACAACUAGGCUAAGUUGUAACUUACAUAGUUAGUGCAACCGGCCCCAGAAGCGAUGUGUCUAAACUAUUUUAAACUAAAUCUAUCUAAUUGUUGUAUGAGCUUAUUAUAGCCUAAUAUUACCUGUAAAGUUUUCAUGAAAACCACGUUAUAAAUGUGAACAUGUUGUUUGUCAACUAAAUAGGCUACCAAACAAGUGCCACUCCAAAACCUAUACUUGUAAGGAGGCGAACUAAACUCCAUGUCUUUAUUUAUCUAUCUUGGUUGGUCAGCUUCUAAACCAAUCUGUGUGGAUGGCGCCUCUAAAUGGCUCUUCAUGACGUGCGCCACACUGGCAAACCCCUCCUGGUGCCACCGUGCGCUCAGUGCGCUGGAGACCCCGAAGUCCCUGUAGUCACUGGUGACAGAAAAAAAACUGGUCUUGCGCCACUAGGGGACUGUGCUGCUGCACGCGUAUCUCAUUUCAGGGAGGGAACACCAGCGGAGACCGAAGGAUCCUUUGGAGAGCUCCAGUCCCCCGGAGACGCGAUGGAGACCUCCAGCGUGCCUAGCACCGACGCGUCCACCGCCGCGCUCAGACGAUUUCUUAACUUCACGAAGGAUGCCGUUAAAUUCUCCGAGGAUGCCAGCUUCCAUGAGAGCUCUUCAAUGGCUGGGUUGCGCGCCACAGAAGAGCCGUUGUCUAUGGUGGUCAACACCCUCAGGACUGCCAUCACUCCAGCGGGGCUACUGGCCGGUCCAUUCUCUCCAUCCGAAGAGCCCACUCACCUGAUUAUCGCGUUCUGGGAUUCGCCCUUGAGUCACGGAAUUAACGUGUUUGUUGGAUUUGUCCUGUGCUUCACCAUGCUGGGGCUUGGCUGCACGGUGGAGAUCAGUCAGCUGGGCGAGCACAUUCGCAAGCCCAUAGGAGCCCUGCUGGCGCUGGUGUGCCAGUUUGUCAUCAUGCCCCUGAUAGCCUUCCUGCUGGCUCUGGCCUUCUCCCUGAACGACGUGGCCGCUAUGGCUGUACUGUUGUGCGGCUGCUGCCCUGGGGGCAACCUCUCCAACAUCUUGUCACUGUUGGUCAACGGAGAUAUGAACCUAAGUAUCAUCAUGACCAUCUCAUCCACUCUCCUAGCGCUCCUGCUUACACCGCUGUGUCUGUGGAUGUACAGUCGUGCUUGGAUCAACACGCCCGUGGUGAACCUGCUGCCCUUCGGCGCAAUCAUUCUCACCCUCUGCAGCACACUUAUUCCCAUCGGGCUCGGGGUCUGGCUUAGACACAGAUAUACUCGAGUGGCCGACAUCAUCCUUAAGGUGUCUUUGUUGUCUCUCCUGGUCACUCUGGUGAUGCUUUUCAUCAUGACUGGAACUAUGCUGGGACCGGAGCUGCUGGCCACCAUCCCUGCCUCAGUCUACCUGGUGGCUGUGCUCAUGCCCAUGGCUGGCUAUGCGGCGGGAUAUGGCCUGGCAACGCUCUUCGAUCUCCCUCCAAACAGCCGAAGGACAGUGUCUUUAGAGACCGGCUGCCAGAACGUGCAGCUCUGCACAGCCAUCCUGAAGCUGGCAUUUCCGCCCCAGCUGAUGGGAGGCAUGUAUAUGUUUCCUCUGCUCUACGCGCUCUUCCAGGCAGCCGAGGCUGGCAUCUUCAUUCUGGCUUACCGCAUGUACAGGAAGGAGGUAUUACAUAAACAGGACCUAAUGGAGGAGGAGGAGGAUGAUACAAACAUAGGCUACAAAAGAAUGAAGGAAGAAGAUGUACCGUUUGAUUCAAUGUAUGGUGCAGUUACAGUGAGCGACCCCAAUGUCAUCAUGCUAGAAUCACAGGAUGUUGUUGGAAGCCCCACACUUGUAUAAGGGGCAAAACAAUUGACUUGGUACUCACUAUGGACAAUGGACCUGUGUGAUAUGCUUUCACAUAAGGAUUUGUUCAUGUCAUCACUCACUGUUGAAUUUCUAACUAGUCACUCACAGCAUUUUAACUAAUAUGUGCCAAAAAAUACCACAAGAUUGUCAAUAUGGAAACUAAUGUCAUGCCAUCACACAGCAAUAUUAAAGUUAAGGACAAGGCAAGCCAUCAUUAUCUAAACACACAUGCAAGAUAUUACCAAGUAAAUUCGAUGUUCAUGCAGAUUAGAAAGAUGCAACUACAAUUCAAUGGCAUUAAUGACAUCAGCAUAAAUUAUAAUACCAAAUUCAAAAGGUUAUAGGUGUUUAGACACAAUAUACCUUUGUGACAAUCUCUUUCAUGAACUACAGAUAAAAAAAAGAAUCUUAGUAAUGUGGCAGCAUCAUUAUUUUAUUUUUACACACAGAAAUAGGACUAUUACUAAAAUCAGUUGAUGAGUUCAGCACCCUUUGUUGCCCUAUAUGCCAAUGGUGUGUGUGUGUGUGGGGGGGGGGGUUCCUGUCCAACAAAACAAAGGUCUGAAGUACAAACAAUGUUGAAAGUAGAAAAGCACCUUUAUGCACUCAUAUAAAAAAAAGUAAAAAUCUCGAUUUUUAAGAGUCCAAAAAACACAAAUGUCUCCCCAGCCCCAAGGUUUUACUAUAUUACUAAAACCUAGGUAGGUUUUAGUGAUAGACACACCUACCUAUCUCUGUGUAAAAAUAAAAUCAGGAUGCUGCCAUCUUUUAUUAUACACACAUUUUUAACUUUUAGUUUUGGUCCAAAAUUGUAAUUUUCAUCCCCCUCUACAAAAUAAUGGAAUAAUCAGUAAUAUUGAGUAUAUUAAUCUAUGGAAUUCAAUACUUUGUCUAUAAUCACCAUUUAUGAUUAUCUUUAACCAAAAAAUAAAUAAACAAAUAUUGAGCCAGGGACCUCUGGUUGAG